AUGUUGUCAUGGAUUACUUCAGCUUUCCUGUCAUUUCCCCUUGUUGGAUUCCGUUCACUCGUGGAUUUGCGCCACAAAUGUCCAAGCUUUUGGAUCGUUCAGCUCAUAAAACUUUUAUCACAGCCCAUGCAUGUAAAUCUGGAAUUGCCAAAUCUUGUGAAGAAGCUUAGAACUAAACAAAGCUUUGCCUCGGAGAUGUUUAGCUCUCCCUUCUCUGCUCAAUGCUUCGAUUAUGAUGGUGCACAGCAAGGCUACAGCCCUCUUCAUGGAUUUGAGGAAGAAUGCAUUGAUGACCUUUGGUCAGGUUACAACUUAUACCACCAUGAUAGCCCCUCCGAGAAAGGAACCCCCUUGGUAUCCAGUGAGCAGCAAUGCUUCCAAGAUCUUGCAGCGAUGGAUGACAUGCAGCUCGAUACGAUUUCUGCAGCAAUGCAGUCCCUGGACAAGCCUUUGGCCCUGGAGACAGAGGUAGAGCAGCCACUGCUGCCUGAAAUCUGCGAGCUCCUUGGAUCGAAGGAGAAGGCAUCCCCGGUGACCAUCUCAUCAUUAGAGCUUCUGAACAACUACAGAUCUAGCCACGGUCGCCUGAGUGGAGAAAAGCUGAAUGAACCAACUGACGGGGUCGCAUACCCGACGGGAGGAGGUGAUGAGUUGUCGACGGAGGAAGUCAUCAAAAUUGCUGCUGCCCAUUUUGUUCAGAUGUCAACCCAUAAAGAAAGUGAUCCUCGGCAUCCUGCUGACUUCUCGUCUUUAGGCCUCACGAAUGAGGAAAUCAAGAACGUCGACCUCGCAAGCCUUCUUCUCGCCGCAGCGGAGAAGGUAAGCAACCAGCAAUAUGAUCGGGCUAGCAAUUUACUUCAGGAGUGUCGCAGGCUGUCAUCCGACACUGGCAAUCCAGUUCAGAGAGUUGUUUUCUACUUCGCAGAUGCAUUACAAGAAAGGAUCAAUAGAGAAACUGGAGGGCUUUCAUGGACGGUUCCAAAGGAUAGGGGAAUGACAGCACACGAGGUCAUCAAAGCAACGCGAUCCGCCCACCCGUUGCAUCUGGCACUCCACAAGAAGGUGCCAUAUGCGCAAAUUAAGGAUUUCACUUCAGUGCAGACCAUUUUGGACAAUGUGGUAACCAUAAGGAAAAUUCAUCUAAUCGAUCUCUCGAUCGAGCACGGGCUCCGGUGGGUUAUUUUCUUGCAAGCUCUGGCCACAAGAUCAACUUGUCCGAUCGACCGUCUGAAGAUUAGUGCAGUAGGUUCACCAGAAGAGGCCAUCACUGCAACUGGUAACAGGCUGGUAAGCUUUGCUGAAGCUUUAGGUUUGCCUUUAAGUUUUAAAGCAGUGAUAGUUUCAGAUAUUAAGGAUCUCAGUGAAGAUAUGUUUGAACUGGAGGAGGGCGAAGCGAUCGGUGUCCACUCUGCAAUGGUUAUGAGCAGCAUGAUUGUGAGGCCUGACAGGCUUGAGAAUGUCAUGAGAGUAAUGCAUAAACUUAAGCCAUGCAUAAUGACAGUUGCGGAUGUUGAAGCUGAGCUGAAUUCCCCAUCUUUCAUCAACCGCUUCACUGAAGCUUUGUUUUAUUGCAGUGCCUUCUUUGACUACCUGGCUAGUUUUAUGGACAGGGAUGACAAAACUAGAAUCGCUACAGAGGGAUCCUUCCUUUGGCAGGGAAUCCGAAGCAUCAUUGCGGCCGAGGGCAGUGAGAGGGUGGUCAGGCAUGUAGGCAUCAGCGUGUGGAGGUCAUUCUUUGCUCGUUAUGGCCUCGUCGAGACUGAGAUGAAUGAGUGGUCACAUUAUCAAGCUAGCCUUCUGGGUAAGCAGUUUGCUAAUGGCCACUUCUGCACGCUCGACAAGAAUGGGAAGGCCUUGACCCUGGGGUGGAAGGGAACCCCAUUGCUUUUUCUCUCUGCUUGGAAGUUCCAGUAG